GGCGAAGGCCUCCUCCAGCGCUGGGAGGUUCAGUGGCAGCAGUUCCUGAAGGAAGUGGAGUCUCCUCAUUCGGGAUGGGGAAUCCCGCCCCUGCCAGAGGAGCCCACCCCCUGGGAUGACGCCAAGGCUUUCUUGGCCUCCUUUGAGCAAGUGGCCAAAGCCUGCCAGUGGCCCAGGGGAGAGUGGGUGGCCCGACUCCUGCCGGCCCUCAGUGGGCAGGCUGAGUGGGCCUUCAGUGGCUUGGACGUGAGGGACAAGGGAGACUACGGGAAGCUGAAGGCGGCCAUCUUGCGGGGGGACGCCCUCAGCCGGGAGAAGCAGCGCCAGCACUUCCGGCGCUUCUGCUACCAGGAGGCCGAUGGACCGAGAGGGGCUCACAGCCGACUCCAGGAGCUCUGCCGUCAGUGGCUGAAGGUCGAGCGGCACACCAAGGAGCAGAUCCUGGAGCUGCUGAUCCUGGAGCAGUUCCUCAGCAUCCUGCCAUCCGAGAUCCAGAGCUGGGUGAGGGAAUGCGGGCCAGAUACCUGUUCCCAGGCGGUGGUCCUUGCCGAGGAGUUCCUGCGGAGGCAGCAGGAAACUGAGAGAAGGGAGCAUCAGGAACUGAUGCCAUUGGAGGAGGGAGCUGAGAGCUUUCCAGAGGCGGAGGCCUCUCCCCUGGAUCCCAGCCAGGGCCAGCCUCACCAGGACGCCAAGCGGGAGAGAGACAGCGAGAGCAGCCCCUUAGGUUACAGCCAAGUGAAUGAUCGACAGGAAAGACCUGGGCAACUGGAAGCAGUCUGGACAUGCCAAAGGAGAGCCCCCGAGAGCGGUUUUCCCGGACACGAGCCGGGAACCGUUUCUCAGAAUCAGCACAGGCCAAAGAUCCAGCCAGGGAACCGCACCAGGAACAGACUGGUGGUCUCCGUUCCUUCCACACCAAACAAAAAGACCCUCAAUGAAACCGUGCCGCCGCAGAUGCAGAACUUGAGUGGGGCUUUGGCGGAAGGCUUCAGACAGAACUCGGCCCUUCCCAAAGGGGAAAGUGUGCCUGGUCAGGAGAAGCCCUACAAUAAAUGCUCCAUCUGCAACAAAACCUUCGGCCAGAGUUCCCACCUUAAAUUCCACCAGAGGACCCAUGACUUGGAGAAACCCUACAAGUGUACGCAGUGUGGGAGCAGCUUCCACUCACGCCAAGGCCUCAUUUACCACCAGCGGAGCCAUGCGGGCGAGAAGCCGUACAAGUGCUCUUUCUGUGGGAAGACCUUCAGCCAGAGCUCGCACCUCCUCGUCCACAAGAGAAGCCACACGGGAGAGAAGCCCUUCAAGUGCCCCUCCUGCGGGAAGUGUUUCAGCCGCAACUCGCUCCUCACCGUCCACGAGAGGACCCACACUGGGGAGAAGCCCUAUAAGUGCUCCCAGUGCGGGAGCCGCUUCCACUCCGGCUCCGGGCUGAUCAACCACAAGCGGAUCCAUGCCGGGGUGAAGCCUUACAAAUGCCUGGCCUGCGGGCGGGAUUUCAUCCGCAAGGCUCACCUCAUUCGGCACCAGAGUGUUCACAGCAACGGCAAGGCCACGGAUCAAGAGCGGGCCGCUGAAGUGGGCCCUGCCGUCGGAAAUGAGUCCAGUGUCCACAGCAAAAUGUUGUCUGUGAAGAGUUCCGCAUUCAUGCUGACUUCCGUGAAGAGUUCGGCCUUCAUGCUUCGGAAGAAGAUGGAAGAACAAGACCAGAAGAUGGAAGAACAAGACCCUGUAGGCCCUGUGUCUGAGGAGGGGUCUGAAGGAGUAAGGAAAGUCCCUCAUGGCCUCCAAACUGGCAACAUUUGGGAAUUCCUGCAAAGGAAACCCCAGGAAGAACUGGAACAUGAACCAUGUGAGAGUUCACUUCUGCAGCCCCUAAAGACCAAGUCUCCUUUGUCCCAUGGGGAAGUUCCACAAGGGCCAAAGGAGUCAACCCCGUGGGAUGAUGCAAAGACCUUUCUGGCUUCCUUCGAGCAAGUAGCCAAGGCCUGCCAGUGGCCCCAGGAUGAGUGGGUAAGCCGACUACAGCCAGCCCUCAGUGAGGAAGCCAAGCGGGCCUUUAGUAUCCUGGAGACCAGCGGCAAAGAGGAUUGUGCGAAGGCAAAGGCAGCCAUCUUGCAGAGGGGCACCAUGGAUGAAAAUCACAAGGGCCCAAGAGGGACUGCCAACUGGCUCCAUGAACUUUGUCACCAGUGGAUGAUGGGAGAGAGGCCCUUGAAGGAGCAGAUCCUGGAGCAGAUGAUCCUGGAGCAGUUCCUGUACAGCCUUCCGUCCGAGAUUCAGAGCUGGGUCAGGGAACAUGGACCAGAGACCCUGUCCCGGGCAGUCGUCCUGGCAGAGGAGUGCCUGCUGAGGCAGCGAGAGGCCCAGACAAAGCGGAAAGAGUGUCCAGUUUCCUUUGAGGACGUGGCUGUGUAUUUCACUGAGGCCGAGUGGGCCCUGCUGGAUCCCGGCCAGAGAGCUCUCUACAGGGAAGUUAUGCUGGAGAAUUAUGGAAGCGUGGCCUCUCUGGAAAUGUCUCAGAUCUGCAAACCUGACCUUGUCUCCUGGUUGGAACAAGAGGAAGGAUUCUUUGUCCCAGGCUCUGAGGAAGGGCAGAUGUCGACAGCAGCAUUUGUAUGGAAGAGUGAGGAUGAACUACGAGAACGAGGAGAACUUCCCGCAGAAGGAGUGAAACGCCUACAGCCAGAAGAGGAUGUUCGGAAUCGAGAUGGAUCAAAGAGGUGGAAAAGAAAGGGAGAAAAGGGAAAACGUAAAGGGAGGAAGAAGUCUGCUGCCCUCUGGGGUGGGACUUUCCAUAAAACGCUGGUCCGUCAAAAAACACCACAAGAAAAGAAAAGGAAGAAGUGUCUCAUCUGUGAGAAAACAUUCAGCUAUGAAUCAAACCUCAAGACACAUGAAAGAAUUCACACAGGGGAGAGACCGUAUCAAUGUUCAGGGUGUUCCAAAAGCUUUUGCUAUCAAAGGAACCUUGUUCAGCAUUUAAGAACCCACACAGGAGAGAGACCGUAUAAAUGCUCGGGCUGUAACAAAAGUUUUCGUUAUCAAAGGAACCUAGCUCAGCAUUUUAGAAUUCACACUGGAGAGAAACCAUAUAAAUGCCUUGAGUGCGGAAAGAGCUUCAAUCAGAGCUCCAGCCUUACUUCCCAUCAAAGAAUCCACACAGGGGAGAAACCAUAUAAAUGCCUAGUGUGUGGAAAGAGCUUCAGUAGAAGCACAGGACUGUCUUCCCACCGAAGAAUCCACACGGAAGAGAAACCGUUUAAAUGCUUUGAAUGCGGGAAGAGCUUUGCCGCCAGCACCAACCUGGCUACGCACCAAACGAUCCACACGGGAGAGAAACCGUUCAAAUGCUCAGAAUGUGGGAAAAGCUUCAGACAGAACACGUGCCUCACUUUACACCGGAGAAUUCACACAGGAGAGAAACCUUAUGCGUGUUUCGAGUGUGGAAAGAGCUUCAGCCGGAGCACAAAUCUUAUUGCGCACCGGAGAACCCACAGAAAGGAGAGGCCGUUUAAAUGCUCAAACUGUAGCAAGAGUUUUAAAGAUCAGGCGAGCCUCCUUAAACAUAACAUGCUACACACAGGGGAGAAACCGUAUAAAUGCUUGGAGUGUGACAAGAGCUUCAGUUCGAAAUCAUACCUUGUUACACAUCAAAGAAUUCACACAGGAGAGAAACCCUAUGUGUGCUCAGAGUGUGGAAAGAGUUUCCGGCAGAAAGUAAGCCUCAUUUCCCACCAACGAAUUCACACGGGAGAGAAACCUUAUAAUUGUUCUGUAUGUGGGAAGCGCUUCAGUCAGAGUACACACCUCAAUUCACACAAAAGAAUCCACUCCAGUGAUAAACCAUAUAAUUGUUUAGACUGUAGUAUGACCUUUGGUGAACUGUCAGGGCUUGAUGAACAUUGGAGAAUCCAUGAAGCAAGAAAGCCAUUCAGCUGUUUAGAAUGUGGCAUGAGGUUUUGCAAGAACACAGAUCUUAGUUCACAUCAAAACAUUCACAACCGGGAGAAGUCAUAAAAAUGAAGCUUUCUCCAUUCAAAGUAAUCAUGAACCACAUCUUCUAACACAUUUUUACAGCAGAAAAGUCAUAUAAAUGUUCUGACUCCCUGCAAUAAACCAGGCCUGAUGUAUUCUACCUUCGCUGUGAGGAAACCUGGACAUAAAGCACAAAUAUACCAAGAAGAGUAUGAAAUGUUUGAACCAAUUCUGCUGUUUAUCCAUCACUCUGUGGAGAUGUGAACUGGGACAAUGCCUCCUUUUGCUUCGUAUAAAUACAGAGUUAGAUUUGAAAUCAUAUGUUAAGUAUCUAAUACUUUCCCCCACUUGACUUUCUUCUAAGGAGCUCGGCAUGGUGUAUACAGUUCUCCAUCCCUCCCCCUCCAUUUUAUCUCCACAGCAAUGUUAUAGAUUAGAGCACUGGAGUCAGACUUGGGAGAUGCAGAUUUGUCAUGGAAGCACUCUGGUGUUCUCAUUAGGUGAAAGGUCAGGUAACUAAUGGGCAGUAGGUUCAGG